CAGAGAGUUUCAAACUAGCCGCCAAUGGCGACGAGAGCAGCUUUACUUGCCGUUCUAUCAGCUUCACCACCACCUCGCAUGAUCAGAGUCAAAGCCUCAACCUUUUCUUCUUCAAGUCUCCAAUUCCAGAGACAUAGUAGAAUAGCUCGGUGCUUCUCGUCUGACACUAACCCCUCUCUUCUUCAGCCCCCGGAUGUAUCUCGUCUAGCUGAGACAGCGAGAAUCUCUCUCUCUCCUUCCGAGAUUGAGGGUUGUGGAGCUAAGAUUCGUCAAGUUAUUGACUGGUUUGGUCAGCUUCAACAAGUUGAUGUUAACAGUGUGGAACCAGCGAUUAGAGCAGAAAUGGAAGGUGGAAAUUUGCGAGAGGAUGCUCCAGAAACAUUUGACAACAGGGAAAGUAUAAGAGCUUCGAUUCCAAGCUUUGAUGAGCUUCUUCGGAUUUUGUGGCUGAAGAGAUUCAAUUCAGUUCUGGUUCUUCUUCCAUCAUCUUGUCUUGUUAGCCGUUUUAACACCUCUGUUAAGGCCUGA